CACAAUGAAAUCGAUGUAUAUUUUCGUGUCAUUUGACUCUCAGCCCUGUGUUUAAUCAGUGUCUAUACUAUUGAUAUAUAAAUAUAUUAUAUAUUUUUUGUACAUUUUUCUACAUAUUGUUUGAAAUGUUUUACUUUACGUAAUGUUAAUGAAUGCGUAGUGUUAUUUAUUAGUGAAUUUAUAAAUUAUUAUUAAUAUAUUUAUUGCAAUUUCAUUUUUUAUUAUCACUUGUGCUGGAAAUGCAAACCACAUAAUGAAGACUAAAAACACAAUACAAAUAGUCGAAACGCCUAUUAUUGACAGCUAUGACUUCCACGAGAAUAACGGUGUCAUAAACCCGGCGUUUUUGGGCACCACUGACGGCGACACCACCCAUCAUACCCACAGCCUUAACCACCAGUCGAGACCACCGGUACCUCCACACCAGGGAUACUACUUCCGGCCCAAUCAGCCGCGCUUAACACAGGACGACGACUACCGGGCCAACUAUUACCCGUCCCAUAGCCUGCACCGGAACGGCAACGGCUCUAUAGCCAGCUCCUGGGUGUAUGAGUUCAACAACUACAGCCCGUCCACCGACACCACCCGUACCACCAGCACACCAGAGACUAUAAGCAUGUCUGGCCCGGGCCAGGGAUCUACGCUACCGUUACCGUCGAUACACCGGUCCGGCUCGUACGGGCGCUACGAACCGCACCUGUCUUACGACAUGGACCUAACCCGCGAUCAUAAGCAAAAUGGAGGCGCUGUUGGUGCCGACCCCCACUCCGGCCAGUGCUGUAAGACUAUGUUGCGGCUGUUUGUGUGGGCACUCAUACUGGUGUCCCUACUGGGGAUCGCCGUCAGCGUCGCCUUUAUUAUAUACAUCGAAAAGUUUGCUCACCAGUCGUGCUGUGCCAACCCCACCAACACCAGCACCGGUAGUAUUAUCAGUAGCGGUAGUACCAGUAGCGGUAGUGUUAGUGAUAGUAAAGUCAAGAAUUUUACGGAAUAUUCUGUGUUUUCCACGACAAUAGCGCCGCCGAAAGGGAUGACUAAUAACACGAUAAUAAAUCCGAAGAUUAAUCUGUCGACUGUCAUUACCCAUAGGAUGACAACCACCACCAGAGCACCGGUAGUAAAGGAGUUGACAUCCGAUACCAGCAAUACGUCCACCACUAGUGUAUCGCCAUUUGAGCCCAGAUAUGCCAAUAUAUCGGAGACUUUGCAAACGUUAUUUAAUACGACAGACCCUGGGGAGGUAUGGGAUACCAUGCAUAAUGUCACAACUCCGUUUCCACCCGGUGCCAAAAAUGUAUCCACCACCACUGCAGCACCGGUAGUACAGACAGAGCCCACCUGGGUUAAUAUGUCGACAGCCGUGGAAAUGAUAUUCAACACGACGGGCAUCCGGGCAGACUGGAUAAAUACCACCACUCCCUUGCCACCCGGUGCCCACAAAGUGCCCACAACUACUGUAGCACCGGUAGUAACGACAGAGCCUACCUGGGUCAACAUGUCAACCAUUAUGGAAAUGAUAUUAAACGCCACGGAUCGUCAACGGUUGGAUGACCUAUUGAAUACCACCACUCCCGUGGCACCCGUUCCCCAACGCACGCCUAUUACAACGACAGCACCGGCAGGACAGGCUGAGCCCAGAUUUGAGAUAAAUAAAGCAAUUAAUGUGACGACAACCACCACUCCAGCGGAUGAUACGACAGUAAUUGCCGACAACGAGGACUCGGAUGACUCGCAAACUACCACCAAAUCAAGAGUAAUCCCCACAACCACCAGGACUACUAGGGUUCCGGUUACUACCGGUCCAAAAACUGGUGCCAAACCUGUUGUUAAGACAACUCACGCCACCACUACCAUAACCACCAAUACUACAACACCUAACCCUACUACCGGUGCCGUCGAGUACUCCGAGUACGAGGACACCACCACCACCACCACUAAGCCCACCACUAAUGGCACCGAUACUACCACUGAAUACAACUAUGCUAACGAUAAUGCCCCGCACCAGGACUCGUACGUUAAUUUAUGGGGAUAACCUACCCCACCCCUGGCUAAACACACGUACCUCUGGAGGGGGGGGGGAGUGUAAUGAUCACAAUUUACAGCAGUAUUACUGAAAGCAAAAUUAAUUGUAAUUUUUAUGUCAUAUAAAUAUUUUUUAAAUUUGUUUUUAUUUAUACAAUAUUGCAGUUAAAAGGUUAUUGCAAAAUAUAAU